CGACGCCCCUGAGCAGCGUGUGUACACGCCUGCUCCACCACGACGCAGUCAUCACUGCACUCAUGACAUUUUCACUGCACCACAUCUCGCCUCUGACGUGACCUGGGACACAGACUUUUGCUGAGUUAUUCAUCUCUUAUCUGUUUCUGUGGAGACUCUGGGAGUUUGGACGGUUGAGACCAGAUCAUGUUUGUGACUGUGCUCCUGCUCCUGGUCUCUCUGUGUGCCUUGGGAGGACAUGGUGAGGAGGCUAAGAGACCAGAUCAUGUCUCUGUGGUGAUAGUGGGAGCCACCGGUGACCUGGCAAAGAAGUACCUGUGGAACGGCUUCUUCCAGCUCUAUGUAAAGCAGGUCAGUAGUGGUAAGACCUUUUCCUUCUACGGCGGAGGACAGUCACCUGCCGACAAGGCCACUCCGCUCCUCUUUGAGAUCCUGAAGUCGGUGUCAUGCUCAAAGGAUGUAUCUGAGGAGCGCUGCGCUCUUCUGAAAGAGCAGUUCCUUCGACUUGCACAGUAUCGGCAGCUAAAAACUCUUGAGCACUACCAGGAUCUGGCCAAGCAUAUUGAGAAGCGGCUCCAGGAGAAGGGAAUCACAGAGGCAGGGAGACUCUUCUACCUCUCAGUGCCUGCCUUUGCAUACGCAGACAUUGCAGAUAAAAUCAACAACAGCUGCAGACCAACCAGCGGGGCAUGGUUGAGGGUGGUGCUAGAGAAACCUUUCGGACAUGACUUUACAAGUGCUCAGGUGCUAGCGUCUCAGCUUGGGAGUUCCUUGAGGGAAGAGGAGAUGUACAGAAUCGACCAUUACCUGGGAAAGCAGGUGAUUGCAAAGAUCCUUAAAUUCAGAAUAGAGAACAAGAAGUUUCUGGAUCCCAUCUGGAACAAGCACCACAUCGAGAGAGUGGAGAUUGUGAUGAAAGAGACCCUGGAUGUUAAAGGUCGUAUUCCCUUCUACGACCAGUAUGGUGUGAUCAGAGACGUGAUACAGAACCACCUGACCGAGGUCAUGAUGCUGUUGACCAUGAAGCUUCCCUUAAAUCUGACCUGCACUGAGGAAGUCGUUGAAAACAAGCUGCAGAUCCUCAGUUCACUGUUGCCCUUAGGAAAGAAUCAGGCUGUGAUUGGCCAAUACCAAGCGUACAAGUCAGAGGUUCAGCAGGAGCUGAAUAAGACGAAAGGUCACGUCAGUCUCACGCCAACAUUUGCAGCUGUGCUGGCCCACAUCGAUGAGACCCAGUAUGAAGGUGUUCCAGUUCUUUUAGUCUCAGGGAAGAUGUUGGAUGAGCGGGUGAGUUACGCUCGAAUACUUUUCAAGAAUGACAUCUUUUGCGUUCAGAACCACCACAGCGUUCACUGCAAACCCAAACAGAUUGUUUUCCACUUGGGUCAUGGCAGCCUUCAAUAUCCAGCCAUUCUUGUGAGUAAGAAUUUAUUCAAGCCGGUUUUAAUGGACGGUGAGUGGAAGGAAGUGACAGAGCACAGAGACGUCAGUGUUUUAGGUUUGCCUGUUUCAGACUACUAUGUGCAAACGCCAACAGAGCAGAGGGAAGCGUAUGAAGAGCUGAUUUCUCACAUCUUUGCUGGACAGAAGAAUACUUUCAUUAGUGUUGAAAACCUGCUGGCAUCGUGGGAGUUGUGGACACCACUGCUCAGUAGCCUAGCCAGCUCUUUUCCCCGCAUCUACCCUGGCGGUGCAGACAAUGAGGACCUGUUGGACUUCUGUCUGAAAGGUAGGGACAUUCGCUACAACAGCGAGGUGGUGAUAAUCAGCCAUGAUCAGAUGGGUGGCACUGCAGCAAACGGUUUCCAAGUCAUUCAAGGCAAAUUUCGCAGUGCCGACAUGGUGUCCGCCUGGGCCGAGGAGCUGGUGGAGCAGCUGGCUGCAGAUGUGCAGGAAGCGGCAGAGGCAGCGGUUCGUGAGAGCGGCGUUUUCCAUCUCGCCCUCUCUGGCGGGUCCUCACCCAUCGCUCUGUUCCACAGGUUGGUCCUGCACCAUUUCUCCUUCCCCUGGAGGGACACCCACGUGUGGAUGGUGGAUGAGCGCUGCGUGCCGCUGACUGAGUUGGAGUCAAACUUCUACACGCUGUACAACCUCCUGCUGCAGCACGUUAGGAUACCGUACUUCAACAUCCACCCCAUGCCAGUGCAGCUCAAUCUUCGUCUGUGUGUGGAGGAGGACAGAGGAGCACAGCUGUAUGAGAAAGACAUCAACAUGUUGGUGAACGGCUCCAGCUUCCACUUUGUGCUUUUGGGAGCCGGCUACGACGGCCACACUGCUUCUCUGUUCCCUGGGACUAAAGUGGAUGAAUACGGGGAGAGUCUGGUGGCCCUCACCGAGAGCCCUGUCAAACCUCACCAGCGCAUGAGCCUCACGUUCAGCGCCAUCAACCGUGCACACACAGUUGCUGUGUUAGUAAUGGGUAAAGGCAAACAUGAGCUGAUCACCCAGCUGAGCCGAAUGAAGGACAACCCAGUAAAAUGGCCCGUCACAGGGGUGAACCCUGCUCAUGGCAGACUGGUGUGGUACAUAGACUAUGAUGCACUUUUAGGGCAGUGAUCGUUAUCCUAACUUUCAAUCACACAGCUGCUUUAAUUAGCAUCCGGUUUUUGAGUGGAGAGUGUGUGAGGACCAGUACGUCUUUUAGUGUGUUCAUUACAAAUAUCACAAACUGAUCAUUACUGCUGCAUUUCUUUAAUGUCAGUGGUUUUCUGAUUGAUUUCCUGACCUGCAGCCAAAUCAAAAGAAGAAAUUCAUUGUCCCUUUCACUGUGUAGUAUGUCAGCACAAAACAGUUUGGAAACAUGGAAACUGGACAUGAUUAAAUGUUUGUUUUUCCUCACCUUAACAGGGACAAUGUUUUCCUGCUCAUAGAUUCACCAGCAAGAAAGAGUUUUACAUUUAGAUUUACGUCAAAAGGUGGAGAAUAGAGAUGAGCAGUCCAAGGUAACAUUGUGAAAUCCCAUUCAGUUCUGAAUGACUAUUUCCUGUCAGGUAUAUUUAAACCCAUACAAAACUUACAACAUGUCCAAAUAAGGAUAUUUAUAUAGGAUAUAUAUGGACCACAUCACACAUCUGUACAUGUGUGAAUAAUCUAUUGGAUACCAAAUCUUAAAUUAUAAAUGAUUAUAUGUCCCAGUGUAUGUUUCAUGAGCUUCCUAAACUUAAGUGAUCUCAAACCCAUCUGGAAUGGCUCACUGAGCGCACACUGCCCCCAGAGGCCCAACAUUCCCCUUAAAUUCAGUCACACUGCAAGAAAUAUCACACACUCAUAGAUAUCAGUUCACUAAGUGUUCCAGAUGAUAAACUAUUCCCAAAUACUAUAAAUCUGUGAAAUAUCAAAAACAUCCUUUAACACAAUGUAAAAGAAAGUAGAAGGAAUGUGAAGUAUAUGUGAUUAUUUGCUAAUGAGUCACGUGCAGCAGGUACGGUCCUUUCAUUAUUCAAAUUUAAAUUUUGGUGAAUAUUCCUUUGUGUGUGACUGUGUGGAGGGAUCUUGCAAACUGUUUAUGGUUGAUCUGAGGCUAAUCAAGUGUGAGAUGAGUGAAUAUCUAUACAAAACAUGCAGAAUUAUAAUAACAUCUGAAUUGUAUCAGAUCUCAGGUGAAUUUCUUAAUGUUUACAUAAAUGCAGUUUACUGCGGGAUCUUUACUUUUGAUUGUAUAUUUCAUAUAUUUGGGGUGGCAGUGAUGAGUUGAAUAAAAUG